CGUCGAGGUCCAGCAAGCGAUCCUAUCUAAACCGCGUUGAAGUUAUCCGCGAUGAUCGAGACCUUCAAGGAAAUGAAGCACGGAAAGAGCAGCAGCUACGAGAACCUGGCGCUAGAGCGAACAGCGAGUCAGAUUCUGCAUCACAUGGAGGACAAGGACAGCGAGGAUUCUUUGGAAUCUACAAGAGCAAGAGUGCUCGCGAAUGCCCGAGCCAUCUACGGAGCCAACCGGUCUCUCGACGUGAUAAGCUUCGCACCGACUUCCUCAAGAAAAAUUGGAGCCGCUAUCGUCGAGCACAAUCUGACGAGUAGAUCGUAUGUCCAUUGUUCCUCUGCGAAGGAAGACUCGCGCCUCGCUGCUGUCGAACAUCUGCUCGUCAUUACGGAGGAUCUCCUCCAACGACUCAUGGAUGCGGAGGGCAUCACGAGCAGUGGGUGGCUGCCCGCGACGCCGCAGUCACAGCAUGCAGCAACGUUUAGUAUUGCGAGUGUGACAGGGAGUGUGGCGGGGAGUAAGCCAGCGAGUCGGAGGAGCAGUGUUGCACCACUAGAUCUCAUGUCCGAUCGCCCGAUCGACCAUAACCCACAACAUCCGCAUCAUCACUUGAUCAAUGAUCACAACUCACCUCAUUCACCUCAUCACAUCCAGAAGCCGCAGUUCCUUCGCGGUAAUAGCGAUGCGUCGUACCCUAUGACCACACCACAGCCGCCUGUUCAGCUCAUUCCAAGGACAAGCAGCGAUGUCAUUCAGCAACCAAAGCCCGUGCCUAUUGGUCAGUUCCAAGGGAAUCGUCAAGGGAGAAUGCAGUGGAAGUUGGGGUCUGACAGUUAG